AUGCAAGCACUGUCUGCAAUUCCUCCUUCCAGCCAGAUUGUCCUGCUGGACUCGAAGGAAUCGCAGGCGGAGCUGGGCUGGACCUCGCACCCGUCGAACGGGUGGGAAGAAAUCAGUGGUGUGGAUGAGAAUUACAAGCCGAUACGCACGUACCAGGUCUGCAAUGUGAUGGAGCCAAACCAGAACAACUGGCUGCAGACGGGCUGGAUUGCCAGGCGUGACGGCCAGAGGAUCUUCAUCGAGCUGAAGUUCACUCUGCGGGACUGCAACAGCAUCCCUGGCAUGACAGGCACCUGCAGGGAGACCUUUAAUCUGUACUACAUUGAGUCUGACUCCGACCUGGGCCGUAGUGUCCAUGAGAGCAAGCACACCAAGAUUGACACCAUUGCAGCUGACGAGAGCUUCACGCAGGGGGACCUGGGGGAGCGUAAGAUGAAGCUGAACACUGAGCUGAGGGAGAUCGGGCACCUGAGCAAGAGAGGCUUCCACCUGGGCUUCCAGGACGUGGGUGCCUGUGUGGCACUGGUCUCUGUGCGGGUCUAUUACAAGAAGUGCCUGGCCACAGUGCAGAACUUGGCCGUGUUCCCGGACACAGUGGCAGAAACAGCCUUCGCCACUUUGGUGGAAGUUAAGGGCACUUGUGUCGCUCACGCCGAGGUGGAGGUGGACAAUCCCCCCAGGAUGCACUGCAGCACAGAGGGCGAGUGGCUGGUCCCCAUCGGGAAGUGCGCGUGUGGUCCCGGCUUUGAGGAGAAGGAUGGGGGAUGCAGAGCUUGCCUUCCUGGAUUUUACAAGCUCUCCCUGAGUCUCCCUCUCUGCUCUCCUUGCCCUGAGCACAGCUUCACGCAUGAGGAAGCCUCCACGUUCUGUUCCUGCCAGAAGAACUACUCCAGGUCCCCGUCGGACCCACCAUCUGCCUCCUGCACGCCACCGACUCCCAUCACCGACAUCCGCACAGAUAAAGUUGAGCAGAAGAGCAUCUCCUUGUCGUGGCAGGAGCCAGGCUUCCCAGCGGCCAACGGCACCGAGUAUGAGGUCAAGUACUAUGAGAAGGAUCAGAGAGAUCAAAGUUACUCAACUGUGAAAACCACCUCAACAGCCGUGACAGUCAAUAACCUGAAGCCUGGAACUCUCUAUGUUUUCCAAAUCCGGGCAUCUUCCUCGCCUGACUAUGGGAACUACAGUCCCAGUAUUGAAGUGGAGACGCUGGCAGAGCUGACCGUGGCCUCCAGCGAGCAGAGCCCCGUCCUCCUGGUCACGGUGGGGACCAUCGUGGGGCUGACAGUGCUGGUGUCUGUGGUGAUCGGCGGGAUGGUCUGGAGGAGACAGUGUGGGUACAGCAAAGCCAGCCAGGAUGGGGAUGAGGAGCAGUUCUUCCACUCUGUGCAUGUUAAAAUACCAACCAGGAGGACAUAUAUUGACCCCGACACUUGUGAAGACCCCAUGCAGGCUGUGCACCUCUUUGCCAAAGAGCUGGAUAAUGCUAACAUAAAAAUUGAGAGGAUCAUUGGGACAGGAGAGUUUGGAGAAAUCUGCCGGGGCUGCCUGAAGCUGCCCAGCAAGCGGGAGCUGCCCGUGGCCGUCCAGACGCUGCGGGCCGGGUGCUCCGAGAAGCAGCAGCGCUCCUUCCUGGCAGAGGCCUGCACCAUGGGCCAGUUUGACCACCCCAACAUCAUCCGCCUGGAGGGAGUCAUCACCAGAGGAAGCACCAUGAUGAUAGUGAUGGAGUUCAUGGGGAACGGCGUGCUGGACUCUUUCCUCAGGAAACAUGAGGGACAGUUUACAGCCACCCAGCUUGUUUGCAUGUUGCAGGGGAUUGCCUCUGGUAUGAAGUACCUGGCAGAGAUGGGUUACAUACACAAAAGUCUUGCUGCCCACAAAGUCCUUGUGAGCAGCAGCUUGGCUUGCAAAAUAACUGGUUUCAGGCAGCCACAAGAAGAUAAGAUGGAGACCAUCUUCUCCACCAUGCGUGGGAAGAGCCUGGUGCUGUGGUCGGCCCCUGAAGCCAUCCAGUAUCACCACUUCAGCCCGGCCAGCGACGUCUGGAGCUUCGGCAUCGUCAUGUGGGAAGUCAUGUCCUAUGGCGAGAGACCCUACUGGGACAUGUCCAACCAGGACGUGAUGAAGGCCGUGGAGGACGGGUUCCGCCUGCCCGCCCCGGGGAACUGCCAGCCGUCCCUGCACCAGCUGAUGCUCGACUGCUGGCAGAAGGAUCGCAGCCAGAGACCCAAGUUCUCACACAUCCUCAACAUCCUGAGCAAGAUGGUGCAGAGCCCGGAGCCCCCGCAGUGCCCCAGCUCCACCUGCAGCAGCACGUCCAUCCCUCUGGCCGAGAGAACCUUCUCAGCCUUCCCAUCUUUCAGCUCUGUGGGCGAGUGGCUGGAGGCGAUAGAAAUGGGCAGGUACAAAGACAACUUCACUGCUGCGGGCUACUGCUGCCUGGAGUCGGUGGCCAGGAUGACAGCCCAAGAUGUCCUCAGCCUGGGCAUCAUGCUGGUGGAGCACCAGAAGACCAUCCUGAGCGGGAUCCAGACCCUCCGGGCCCAGGUGAUCCACAUGCACGGCCGAGGGGUGCAGGUGUGA